ACCGUAACCAUUGUAGCACAGGCGCAGUACACUAGCCCCUGCUCCCAAUUGUGGCUUGUGUACGUAUAAGCAACGAACGGCUGACUUCAACGCAGGAAGAAAAUAAUUAUCGGAAACAUGCUUUGGUUUGAGGGAUCAAUUCGCGAGGCUAUAAACGCAGCCAAACAGCGGAGUUUCGUCUUUGUCGUUGUCAUUAUAGGAGAGGAUGAACAAUCUGUCCAGCUCUUAUCCACCUGGGAGAAUGACAAAGUCUCAGAGGCAGUAGACAACUGCUGUGUUGCCAUCAAAGUUGAUGCCAAGAGUGAGACGUGUUUACAGUUCUCCCAGAUCUAUCCAGUGGUUUGCAUACCCUCUAGUUUCUUUAUUGGGGAGAAUGGAAUUCCUCUAGAGGUCAUUGCUGGAAAUGUGUCUUCUGAAGAACUUACGAAAAGAAUCAACAGAGUUAAGCAGGUACAUAUUGAACAAAUUGGACAUGGUUUGGUGUUACCAGAGACACGUUCACCUGUGGAGAGUCUCUGCGACAGCACAGCCACAGAACAGGCAACAGCUUCAGCAGCGCCCAUUAGUUCAGCAGCAAUACCCACAGAAUCAGCAACACCUCAAACAGCAAAAGACCCACCCUCUUGCCCAGCUAUGGUGAAUCUUGCGUGUUCUAAUACUGAAGAAAACCGGGAUUCUGAGGUGGAGAGAUUAACUACAAAACUAGAAGCAAAGCGAGAGGAAAAGAAGAGGGGAGAAGAACAGAAUGAGAUCAAAAAGGAAAUGGAGCGACGGAAGACUGGAAUGGCUAUGCAAGGCUUUAAGAGGAAACAAGAAGAGGAAAAGACCAAGCAAAUCCUCGAGGAAAGGAAUAGAGAAAAAGCAGAAGAUAAAGCUGCCAAGGAAAGGGUCAAACAGCAGAUUGCAAUGGACCGAGCUGACAGAGCAGCUCGCUAUGCUCAAACCAAGGAGAUGGAUAAAACUACCAAAGAGCGCUUAAUGAAAGAAAAACAGGCUGAAAAUGAGGCCAGAAAGGAGACAUUACUGAAAGAGAGGAGUGUCAUUGCAAGGAUACAGUUUCGCCUCCCAGAUGGCUCAUCCUUCACCAACCAGUUCUCCUCACAAAGCAAACUUCAUGAGGCCAUGCAAUUUGCUGUUCAGAAAGUCGGAAGCCGAUACGGUAACUUCUCUCUGGCGACUAUGUUCCCUCGACGGGAGUUCACUACUGAAGACCUGAAUAAAACAUUUCAGGAGCUGGAACUUGCCCCAAGUGCUUCUAUCGUGCUCAUUCCAUCAGGCAGAACUGCAAAGACACUGGUUCAGUCCUCUGGUGGAGGUAUCUGGGCUCUUCUGGGCACACUUCUCUACUCUCCCCUGGCCAUAUGGAGGUUCCUGAGCUCCUUCCUGUUUGCAGCACCAGCACCUUCUGGAGUAACAUUCCAAGGCCCUGCCCAGGACUCUAGAUCUCACUCCACGUCAGCAUCCAGGGAUAAGGAAAAGAGAGAAACACUGGCCAAGCACACAGCGGAGAAGCAGUCCAAAGAUUUCAAGAAAUCUGGUAAAAUCUGCACACUGAGAAAUCAAGACGACAGUGAAGAUGAUAACAACACCUGGAACGGGAAUUCCACCCAGCAAAUGUAGUACAGUAACAACAGCUCACCCUUAAUCUUAUUAUACUGCUGUUAAUUAGUUCAAUCUGACCUGUUGAAGAUUUUGCUGCUUUUACAGAUAUUUGUUUCUCUUUGUUUUUUUCUUACUGUGUUCCACAUCUAUGCCAUCCACCUCACCUAUAUGCCCAGAUCAAAACUAAUCAACAGAACCUGCUUUGGACAUAGACAUGUGUUUUGUUUUGAUAAUUACAUAAUUAUGACUUGUAACCCAGGUUGAGAUUAUACCAGGUUAAUAAACAGUGAAAGGCUACACCAGCAUCCUCCUGCCCAAUAUUUUUAAAUGAUGAAUUAUUGUUACUUUAGUUGCUGACAAGUUUGAUAUUGCUAUUGCUACUUUUAUUUUUCAGAUACACUCAAAACAGCUGACAUGUAGGUGUAAUUCAAACCUGGCUGCAUUUUUGAUUUCAGCGUUGGCAACAUUUGGCAUUUUGAUAAAUCAUUGCUAGUGGCUACUCCUGAUUUUUUUUAUCCAACUGCUAACGGCUAGCAGGUACAUACUGGCAGAGGAUGGUACAUUUGCAGAUGUACAGUAUGAGCCAUGUACUGUAUAUGUUUUUACUAGUUGACAGUUGAAUGAUGUAGUUAUCAUUAAGUAAUUAAAGAAACAGUUUUCAAAGGG